CGCCAACCUCCCGCGCUGGGCGCAACGCCUCGGACGCGUCGCCGCACCUCGUUCCCGCGCGCCUCCAUCCAGGGCUGCGUUCAACCCACAAUCGCCCCACAGUCGCAGGGAGGUCAUCUUCGGCACCACGAUGGCUAUGGCGUCGUCCGGGGAGGCCGCGAGGCCCUCGGUCAUCGACGCGCACCUGCACGUCUGGCCGUCCCCUUCGGCGUACACCUACGCCGAAGGUAAGGCUCCCCCGGAUUCACUAGCUGAGGUCUCCUCCGCCGAAUCCCUGCUCGAACAGUUCGCAAAGGCUGGCGUGGACGGCGCCUUGGUCGUCCAGCCCAUCAACCUCAAGUUCGACCACUCCUACGUGUCCUCGGUCAUCGACAAGUACCCCGGCAAAUUCGUCGGGUGCUGCCUCGCGGAUCCGACCGAACACGGCGGCGGCGUGGACGAGCUGAGGCGGCUGCUCGACGGGGGAUACCGCGCCGUGAGGUUCAACCCGGGGCUGUGGCCGAGCGGGACGAAGAUGACCGAUCGCGUCGGCCGCGAGAUGUUCGCGCUCUGCGGCGAGAGGAACGCGCCCGUCGGGUUCAUGUGCUUCCACGGGCUCGACCUCUCCAUCGAGGAGAUCGAGACGCUGUGCACCGACUACCCGGAGACGCCGGUGCUGAUGGACCACUUCGGAUUCUGCAAGGGCGUGCGCGAUCCCAACUGGCAAAAGUUGCUCGGGCUCGCCAGGUUUCCGCAGGUGAGCGUAAAGGCUUCGGCGCAGUUCAGGGUGACGCCCGAAGGUGCGAACGGCGCGAGUUGGCCCUAUGUUAGCACGGGGGAGCAGCUGAGGGAGCUCAUCGACACGUUCGGCGCGGAACGAGUGGUGUGGGGCUCGGACUUUCCCUUUGUGCUCGAACAGUGCGGAUACUCUGGCGAGACGCCGGCGGCGGGGAUAAUUCGCGAGUGCGGCGCUCGCCUGUCGGACGAGGAGAUGGCGGCGGUGAUGGGGGGUAACCUGCGGCGGAUGUUCCCCGGCGCGUGGUCCCGAUGACGCGCGCGCGCGCGGGCUACCCGUCGAUGACUCGCUCCGAACGUCUUCUGAAUAAAGUUUAACCUCGUCCCUUC